AUGUACCCAGUUCCUUUCACAAAGGAAGAUAUGGAUGGAAAUCUCCAGGCAUUUUUACAAGAUUUGUCUGAAGAAGCAUCUUUUGUGGAAAGAUUUCUUAAAGUAUACCAAGGCAUUAAAAGAUCCUAUGAUUUGUUUGUCUCCAGCUGUGCACAGUUACUGUUCAACAAGGAGCUUCUCAGAUAUCUUGAGGAAAGCAAGUUUGAUGCCAUCCUUUCCGACCCUGCACUACCCUGCGGGCCCAUCCUGGCUGAGCAUCUCUCAGUCCCUUCCGUGUUUUUUUUGCGACUAAUACCCUGUGGUUUAGAAUUUGAAGCCACUCAAUGUCCCAAUCCCCCUUCUUAUGUCCCCAGGGGAUUCACAGAACUUACAGACCGCAUGAAUUUUCUCCAGCGCGUGAAGAAUCUAAUCUUUGACAUUCCAAAUUAUUUCCUCUGUGAUUUUAUCCUUCAAGC